AUGUCGCUCUCUUGGCACGGGCAGACGGAGCCACCGACCAUCCCCGUUGAAGACCUCUUCGAGGAGGGAUCUUUUCCGGAGGGGGAGAUUUUGGAGCAUCCCCGGGACUUCAACUCAUUCCGGAUAACGAGCGAGGAGAAGCGAGCUGAGGAGCGCCUUCAGUACGCGGGGCUGUAUGACAAGGCGCGCAAGGCGGCCGAGGUGCACAGGCAGGUCAGGCGCUACGCACAGAGCUACAUCAAGCCGGGGAUCAAGCUCAUCGACAUGUGCACCAUGCUCGAGGAGAAGAACCGGGAGCUGGUCCGAGAGAACGGGCUCGAUGCAGGCAUCGCCUUCCCGACGGGCUGCUCGCUCAACCACGUCGCGGCGCACUACACACCAAACAACGGCGACGAUACCGUACUCAAGCACGGGGACGUGAUGAAGGUGGACUUCGGCACACACGUAGAGGGCCGCAUCAUUGACUGUGCUUGGACUGUAAGCUUCGACCCCCAGUUCGACCCCCUCCUUGAGGCCGCCCGGGAAGCCACAAACGCCGGCAUCAGGAACGCUGGCAUCGACGUGCCUCUCAACGAGGUCGGAGCGGCCAUCCAGGAAGUAAUGGAGAGCUACGAGGUAGAGAUCAACGGCACCACCUACCCGGUCAAGAGCGUGCGCAACCUCAACGGCCACAACAUCGGCGCGUACGACAUCCACGCCGGGAAAAUUGUUCCUAUCGUUAAGGGCGGCGACUCCACCCGCAUGGAGGAGGGGGAGUUCUUCGCCAUUGAGACUUUCGGGAGCACUGGGCGCGGUCACGUUGUGGAGGAACCACACAACGACGGCGACAGCUUCAAACUUGACACCCUGCGUCCUGCGUCGGCUGCCGCUCGCUCCCCCCGUGUUCGCGCUUUGAUGGCUGUCCAUUUGGAGCAGGACUUGGAGUGCUCCCACUACAUGAACGACAUCAACGCACCCCGGGUACCCCUGCGCCUGCCCAAGGCGAGGCAGCUCUUGUCGCACAUCAACAAAACCUUCGGCACGCUCGCCUUCUGCCGGCGCUGGCUGGAGAGGCCCGACGGAGGGUCGGCGACGAUCAACGGUGUUUCUGGAAAGCAGGAAAAGUACGUGGGGGCGCUCAAGCAACUCUGUGAUUCGGGGCUUGUGAGCGCUUUACCGCCGUUGUGCGACGUUCGGGGCUCGUACGUCGCCCAGUACGAGCACACCAUCCUCAUGCGACCCACAUGCGUGGAGGUGUUGUCUCGCGGCGACGACUUUUAG